AUGAAUGAAAAUCAUUAAAAAUGGAAAAAACCGAAGCCAAAUUUAAGAUUUUAUAAGAAGAAGAAGAAAAAGAUCUUAAAUAAUAAGCUAUUUAAGCAAACUAAGAAAAAACUAAUUUUAGAUGAGAUGAAAAUAUAAAAAGAGCUAAACCUCAAUUAAACUAAGUUUAUUUGA